AUGUGCACGCGUCACAGCAGCAGCGCCUUGCCGGCCACGGACGACGAGCGAUGUCGCGGCGUGCUGCACACGCUCUGCGAGUACCAUCGCAGCAAAGCCAAUGCGAUCCAGAAAACGUACGCCGCCAAGCGCCGCCAGAGCCAGCGGACGCAGCGUCAGCAGCACAUCUUGGCCCAGCGCCAGCGCGAAGUCGCGUCCGGCUUGCCCGAGCCGAUUCCGUUUUCUGAGCCGCGACGCGCUACGACGACCGAUACCGCCGACAUGGCCAUCGUCGCGCUGCUCCUCUCUGAUAUCCAGCUCGAAAUGGAGCCCAUCGACGUCCAACAGCCCCCGACCCAGUGGUCCGAAGACGAAUGCAGCUUUUUAUACGAGCUCUUUUCACCGUAG